GUUUUGACGGUUUUGACAUUACUGACGCUGUGCUUUGUUUUUUCCACACAAAUUUUUAUCCUUUCAAUCAAAUAUUCAAUGCAUUUAAUCGAUUUAGAUGUGUAGCAUUGUGUUAAAUUAUCGUCAAAAUGAGCAUAUUCAGUACAAUUUGUCGUUCCUGUUUAGGGAUAAAUUUGGACGUGAUCAACCUGUUCUCUCCGUUUGGAAUGCUCGAUAACAAUGAUAACCUAACUUUUUCCGACUGCUUCACGAUCAUAACAAAUAUUAAAGUCGAAAUCAACGACAAUAUGCCACAAACAAUAUGCAAACGAUGCAUGCACGAGUUGAAAAUUGCGUUUAAUUUCCGGAAAAAGUGUGAAGUGUCGGAUAUUACGUUGAGAAGCAAGUGCUUGAAGAAGGAGGAAGAUGCUAGCGUAGGCAAAUAUGAUGACAUUGACGCAGACGGUGAUAUGUUGAUAGAGGCUUUGGACGAGGUACAAUUUGAUGAAAACGAUGUAGUAUUAGAGGACGCGGGCCAGGGAACUAUCGAAAUAGUCAUACAACAGGAUCCGGCAGAUUUACAGCACACUCAGUUAAGGCGAAGUUCUCGGCGAAGAAAAUCAGUAAACGAAUGGAACAAAAGUACGGAGCAUCUUGAAGAGUACAUUCUGACGCAAGAGGAGCAUAUAGAAUGUGUGAAAGAUGAAGGACAAGUGGAAAUUGUGGAAUUAUCCGAUAACGAAUUCGCUGUUGAAAAUGACGACAUCAAAGAUGAAUAUGGACAUGAACCGGAUGGACUGGACGAACCAAGCAAUGAGGAAUUCGAAAUUCAUGACAAAUCCAUCAUCGAAGAGAAUGAGUUCGAGUGCUAUGAAUGUCAACUAACUUCCAAUGACGAAAUCGCACUGGAGAAGCACAUAAAAACGGUUCACAAUCAGAAAAUUUAUCACUUGUGCAAUGUGUGUGGUAAAACGUUUGCCCAGGAAUCGUCCCUCAAAAAUCAUAUGGCCACUCAUCAUUCAAGUGACAAGGCCUUCAAGUGUGACAAGUGCGACAAGAGUUAUACCAGCAAGAAUGGUCUGCAAAGUCAUAUGUUCACGCACAUGGAUGAAAAACCUGAACGGAAAUUUCUGUGCUCGGAAUGUGGAAAAGGAUUUACGACCAAUCAACGCCUUCGCAUACACACAUUUACGCAUACUGGCGAACGAAAUUUUUCAUGUGAUCAAUGUGACAAAUCCUUUGCUACCGAAUUCCGUCUGAGAAGUCAUCGACGAAUACACACAGGUGAACGACCCUAUUCCUGUGAUAUGUGUAACCAAACAUUUGCUCAGGGCAAUGCCCUCAAGUGCCACAAACGCACUCACACAGGAGAGAAACCAUAUGCCUGUAAAUAUUGCGACAAAUCCUUUUCACAAAAUACAAUUUUAAAGACCCACAUGACAUUGCACACUGGUAAGACGGUUAAAUGUCCAGAUUGUGAUAAGAAAUUUAGUCGCGCAUCGUAUCUCAUUCUUCACAAACGGGAGCAUACCGGCGAGAAACCGUAUUCUUGCGAUCGAUGUCCGAAUCGAUACAAGCAGAAAAGCCAUCUGGAUCGUCACAUGGACACACAUUUGGGUGUGAAAUAUCCCUGCGAAGUAUGCCAAAAGGAAUAUUCGAAACAAUGGUCGCUGAAGAUGCAUAUGUUCACCCAUUCGGCAGAGAAACCAUUUCAGUGUACGGACUGUACGUUGUCGUUUGUGAGAAAGGACAAAUUCAAAGCACACAUCAAAGCAUACCAUCCACACCGGUCGCUGAACGACGUUUUCAAAAAGGUCGAAGUGGUGGUACCGGAAGAAGAUAGUCGACCUGCAAAGGAUGAUAGUAAAAAGGAUGAAGUUGCAUUUUAUGCAACUGUAAUUGUACCCACUAGUGAAUCUAUGUAGUUCGUAGCGAAUCAAUAAUUUAAAAUAGAAAUUUAAGCUAAUUCUGUUAGUGCACAUUGUUCGUUGAUUCAUAUCUAUAUAUUUUUAAGAUCAAUCUAGUUAUAUAGUAAUAACAAAUAUGAAAUAGAGAUGAGUUUUAUCAUUACA